AUGAAUAAUAAUAAUUAUCAAUUUGUGGGAAUGUCAUAUACUUAAGGAUCUUCAAUAAAUCAAACUUAAUUAAGUCAUUCAUUUGCCAGAUUUCCAUUAUAAAGUUCAAUUAUGAGUGUUGAAGAAUAGAGUCCACAAUUUGCUCAAUUAGCAUAAAGCCAAAUCUACAUUCAAGAGAACUCGCGCUUUCAGGAAGAAGAGAAUUAUAAACACUUAAAUUAAAUGAUCUAAUAACCAUAAAAAUAGUUAGAAUAAUAAACAGGACAUAAAAGAAUGAGUUCAUGGCAAUAAUAAAAAUCACCUCAAUAAUAGUCCCAAAGUAAAUCUUUAUGUGCAUCACCAUUAAGAUAAUAAUAUCGAUAAGAAGAACCAUAAAUGUAUUAUCAUCAACCCUAUUAACCUUGUCCAUGUGAAUUAGAAUAAUUAUGGCAAGAAUUCUUAUAAAUGAGAAUGAUGUAGAGAUAAUUUAGAAGAUAAACUUAGUAAUGUUGUCAUCACUAAAGAGGCCAUUUUAUGCCUUAUUGA